AUGCUCGCCGUAUCGCCGCGUGCUCCUCUCCUCAUAGCCGCGACCAAUACCGUCGUCCUCUCUGCGGUCAGCGAGCUAGUUCCGCCGCGCCUAGCGCACGUCGCUUUCGUAUCGUCGCCGACCUGCUCCGUCCCGCCGAGCGCGGUGCCGAUCUGCAACAAGGCGCUCGAAGCUCUACAGUCGUCGCUAGUGGCCUGGGGUCACGGCAACCACGCGGAGACGACUGCAGUUGAACCGGGUGGAUGCGUCGUGCUUUGGUUCCCCCGCACUCCGUCCCCCCUCCGCCUUGUCGACGAGUCUUUUCCAACAGGGUUGCUCCCUUCUCUCCCCCCUCAUAUCUCCGCCGCCGCGGCGGCAGCUCUCUCUCAUAACCCUGAGUUCCUCCGUGAGAUCCCCUCUGUUUGUCUGCCUUACUCUCUUCUCUCCCCUCUCAUAUCUCCGCCUCGCUCCUCCCUCCCCCCUGUCAUAUAUCCGCCUUGCUCCCUUCUCUCCCCUCUCAUAUAUCCGCCUUGCUCCCUUCUCUCCCCCCACCCCCCUCCCCCCCCCUCCCGUGACCCUGCCUUGCUUCCUUCACACCCAUCUUGUGACCCUGCCUUGCUCCCUUCUCUCCCCUCUCUUAUUUCCGCUUUGCUCCCUUCCCUCCCGCCUUAUAUCUCCGCCUUGCCACCUUCUCCCCCCUCUCCUAUCCGCCACGCUCCUUUCUCUCUCCCAUCAUGUCCCCCUUGCUCCCAUCCAUCCCCUCUCGUCUCGCUGCCUUGUUCCCUUCUCUCCCCUCUCGUAUCUCCGCCUUGCUCCGUUCUCUCCCCCCAUGUGACCCUGCCUUGCUCCCUUCUUUCCCCACUCGUUUCUCCGCCUUCCUACCUUCUCUCCACUUUCCUACUUCCGGAUUGUUCCCUUCACCCCCCCCCUCAUAUCCCCGCCUCGUUCCAUCCUCUCCCCUCACUUAUCUCCCCCUUGCUCCCUUCUCUCCCGUCUUGCUCCCUUCUCGUCGUCUUGCUCCCUUCUCGUCGUCUUGCUCCCUUCUCUCCCGUCUUGCUCCCUUCUCGUCGUCUUGCUCCCUUCUCGUCGUCUUGCUCCCUUCUCGUCGUCUUGCUCCCUUCUCGUCGUCUUGCUCCCUUCUCGUCGUCUUGCUCCCUUCUCGUCGUCUUGCUCCCUUCUCGUCGUCUUGCUCCCUUCUCGUCGUCUUGCUCCCUUCUCGUCGUCUUGCUCCCUUCUCGUCGUCUUGCUCCCUUCUCGUCGUCUUGCUCCCUUCUCGUCGUCUUGCUCCCUUCUCGUCGUCUUGCUCCCUUCUCGUCGUCUUGCUCCCUUCUCGUCGUCUUGCUCCCUUCUCGUCGUCUUGCUCCCUUCUCGUCGUCUUGCUCCCUUCUCGUCGUCUUGCUCCCUUCUCGUCGUCUUGCUCCCUUCUCGUCGUCUUGCUCCCUUCUCAUCGUCUUGCUCCCUUCUCGUCGUCUUGCUCCCUUCUCGUCGUCUUGCUCCCUUCUCGUCGUCUUGCUCCCUUCUCGUCGUCUUGCUCCCUUCUCGUCGUCUUGCUCCCUUCUCGUCGUCUUGCUCCCUUCUCGUCGUCUUGCUCCCUUCUCGUCGUCUUGCUCCCUUCUCGUCGUCUUGCUCCCUUCUCGUCGUCUUGCUCCCUUCUCGUCGUCUUGCUCCCUUCUCGUCGUCUUGCUCCCUUCUCUCCCGUCUUGCUCCCUUCUCGUCGUCUUGCUCCCUUCUCGUCGUCUUGCUCCCUUCUCGUCGUCUUGCUCCCUUCUCGUCGUCUUGCUCCCUUCUCGUCGUCUUGCUCCCUUCUCGUCGUCUUGCUCCCUUCUCGUCGUCUUGCUCCCUUCUCGUCGUCUUGCUCCCUUCUCGUCGUCUUGCUCCCUUCUCGUCGUCUUGCUCCCUUCUCUCCCGUCUUGCUCCCUUCUCGUCGUCUUGCUCCCUUCUCGUCGUCUUGCUCCCUUCUCGUCGUCUUGCUCCCUUCUCGUCGUCUUGCUCCCUUCUCGUCGUCUUGCUCCCUUCUCGUCGUCUUGCUCCCUUCUCGUCGUCUUGCUCCCUUCUCGUCGUCUUGCUCCCUUCUCGUCGUCUUGCUCCCUUCUCGUCGUCUUGCUCCCUUCUCGUCGUCUUGCUCCCUUCUCGUCGUCUUGCUCCCUUCUCGUCGUCUUGCUCCCUUCUCGUCGUCUUGCUCCCUUCUCGUCGUCUUGCUCCCUUCUCUCCCGUCUUGCUCCCUUCUCUCCCGUCUUGCUCCCUUCUCUCCCGUCUUGCUCCCUUCUCUCCCGUCUUGCUCCCUUCUCUCCCGUCUUGCUCCCUUCUCUCCCGUCUUGCUCCCUUCUCGUCGUCUUGCUCCCUUCUCUCCCGUCUUGCUCCCUUCUCUCCCGUCUUGCUCCCUUCUCUCCCGUCUUGCUCCCUUCUCUCCCGUCUUGCUCCCUUCUCUCCCGUCUUGCUCCCUUCUCUCCCGUCUUGCUCCCUUCUCUCCCGUCUUGCUCCCUUCUCUCCCGUCUUGCUCCCUUCUCUCCCGUCUUGCUCCCUUCUCUCCCGUCUUGCUCCCUUCUCUCCCGUCUUGCUCCCUUCUCUCCCGUCUUGCUCCCUUCUCUCCCGUCUUGCUCCCUUCUCUCCCGUCUUGCUCCCUUCUCUCCCGUCUUGCUCCCCUCUCUCCCGUCUUGCUCCCGUCUCUCCCGUCUUGCUCCCGUCUCUCCCCUCUUGCUCCCUUCUCUCCCGUCUUGCUCCCUUCUCUCCCGUCUUGCUCCCUUCUCUCCCGUCUUGCUCCCUUCUCUCCCGUCUUGCUCCCUUCUCUCCCGUCUUGCUCCCUUCUCUCCCGUCUUGCUCCCUUCUCUCCCGUCUUGCUCCCUUCUCUCCCGUCUUGCUCCCUUCUCUCCCGUCUUGCUCCCUUCUCUCCCGUCUUGCUCCCUUCUCUCCCGUCUUGCUCCCUUCUCUCCCGUCUUGCUCCCUUCUCUCCCGUCUUGCUCCCUUCUCUCCCGUCUUGCUCCCUUCUCUCCCGUCUUGCUCCCUUCUCUCCCGUCUUGCUCCCUUCUCUCCCGUCUUGCUCUCUUCUCUCCCGUCUUGCUCCCCUCUCUCCCGUCUUGCUCCCGUCUCUCCCGUCUUGCUCCCGUCUCUCCCCUCUUGCUCCCUUCUCUCCCGUCUUGCUCCCUUCUCUCCCGUCUUGCUCCCUUCUCUCCCGUCUUGCUCCCUUCUCUCCCGUCUUGCUCCCUUCUCUCCCGUCUUGCUCCCUUCUCUCCCGUCUUGCUCCCUUCUCUCCCGUCUUGCUCCCUUCUCUCCCGUCUUGCUCCCUUCUCUCCCGUCUUGCUCCCUUCUCUCCCGUCUUGCUCCCUUCUCUCCCGUCUUGCUCCCUUCUCUCCCGUCUUGCUCCCUUCUCUCCCGUCUUGCUCCCUUCUCUCCCGUCUUGCUCCCUUCUCUCCCGUCUUGCUCCCCUCUCUCCCGUCUUGCUCCCGUCUCUCCCGUCUUGCUCCCGUCUCUCCCCUCUUGCUCCCUUCUCUCCCGUCUUGCUCCCUUCUCUCCCGUCUUGCUCCCUUCUCUCCCGUCUUGCUCCCUUCUCUCCCGUCUUGCUCCCUUCUCUCCCGUCUUGCUCCCUUCUCUCCCGUCUUGCUCCCUUCUCUCCCGUCUUGCUCCCUUCUCUCCCGUCUUGCUCCCUUCUCUCCCGUCUUGCUCCCUUCUCUCCCGUCUUGCUCCCUUCUCUCCCGUCUUGCUCCCUUCUCUCCCGUCUUGCUCCCUUCUCUCCCGUCUUGCUCCCUUCUCUCCCGUCUUGCUCCCUUCUCUCCCGUCUUGCUCCCUUCUCUCCCGUCUUGCUCCCUUCUCUCCCGUCUUGCUCCCUUCUCUCCCGUCUUGCUCCCCUCUCUCCCGUCUUGCUCCCGUCUCUCCCGUCUUGCUCCCGUCUCUCCCCUCUUGCUCCCUUCUCUCCCGUCUUGCUCCCUUCUCUCCCGUCUUGCUCCCUUCUCUCCCGUCUUGCUCCCUUCUCUCCCGUCUUGCUCCCUUCUCUCCCGUCUUGCUCCCUUCUCUCCCGUCUUGCUCCCUUCUCUCCCGUCUUGCUCCCUUCUCUCCCGUCUUGCUCCCUUCUCUCCCGUCUUGCUCCCUUCUCUCCCGUCUUGCUCCCUUCUCUCCCGUCUUGCUCCCUUCUCUCCCGUCUUGCUCCCUUCUCUCCCCUCUUGCUCCCUUCUCUCCCGUCUUGCUCCCUUCUCUCCCGUCUUGCUCCCUUCUCUCCCGUCUUGCUCCCUUCUCUCCCGUCUUGCUCCCUUCUCUCCCGUCUUGCUCCCUUCUCUCCCGUCUUGCUCCCUUCUCUCCCGUCUUGCUCCCUUCUCUCCCGUCUUGCUCCCUUCUCUCCCGUCUUGCUCCCUUCUCUCCCGUCUUGCUCCCUUCUCUCCCGUCUUGCUCCCUUCUCUCCCGUCUUGCUCCCUUCUCUCCCGUCUUGCUCCCUUCUCUCCCGUCUUGCUCCCUUCUCUCCCGUCUUGCUCCCUUCUCUCCCGUCUUGCUCCCUUCUCUCCCGUCUUGCUCCCUUCUCUCCCGUCUUGCUCCCUUCUCUCCCGUCUUGCUCCCUUCUCUCCCGUCUUGCUCCCUUCUCUCCCGUCUUGCUCCCUUCUCUCCCGUCUUGCUCCCUUCUCUCCCGUCUUGCUCCCUUCUCUCCCGUCUUGCUCCCCUCUCUCCCGUCUUGCUCCCGUCUCUCCCGUCUUGCUCCCGUCUCUCCCUCUUGCUCCCUUCUCUCCCGUCUUGCUCCCUUCUCUCCCGUCUUGCUCCCUUCUCUCCCGUCUUGCUCCCUUCUCUCCCGUCUUGCUCCCUUCUCUCCCGUCUUGCUCCCUUCUCUCCCGUCUUGCUCCCUUCUCUCCCGUCUUGCUCCCUUCUCUCCCGUCUUGCUCCCUUCUCUCCCGUCUUGCUCCCUUCUCUCCCGUCUUGCUCCCUUCUCUCCCGUCUUGCUCCCUUCUCUCCCGUCUUGCUCCCUUCUCUCCCGUCUUGCUCCCUUCUCUCCCGUCUUGCUCCCUUCUCUCCCGUCUUGCUCCCUUCUCUCCCGUCUUGCUCCCUUCUCUCCCGUCUUGCUCCCUUCUCUCCCGUCUUGCUCCCUCUCUCCCGUCUUGCUCCCGUCUCUCCCGUCUUGCUCCCGUCUCUCCCGUCUUGCUCCCUUCUCUCCCGUCUUGCUCCCUUCUCUCCCGUCUUGCUCCCUUCUCUCCCGUCUUGCUCCCUUCUCUCCCGUCUUGCUCCCUUCUCUCCCGUCUUGCUCCCUUCUCUCCCGUCUUGCUCCCUUCUCUCCCGUCUUGCUCCCUUCUCUCCCGUCUUGCUCCCUUCUCUCCCGUCUUGCUCCCUUCUCUCCCGUCUUGCUCCCUUCUCUCCCGUCUUGCUCCCUUCUCUCCCGUCUUGCUCCCUUCUCUCCCGUCUUGCUCCCUUCUCUCCCGUCUUGCUCCCUUCUCUCCCGUCUUGCUCCCUUCUCUCCCGUCUUGCUCCCUUCUCUCCCGUCUUGCUCCCUUCUCUCCCGUCUUGCUCCCUUCUCUCCCGUCUUGCUCCCUUCUCUCCCGUCUUGCUCCCUUCUCUCCCGUCUUGCUCCCUUCUCUCCCGUCUUGCUCCCUUCUCUCCCGUCUUGCUCCCUUCUCUCCCGUCUUGCUCCCUUCUCUCCCGUCUUGCUCCCUUCUCUCCCGUCUUGCUCCCUUCUCUCCCGUCUUGCUCCCUUCUCUCCCGUCUUGCUCCCUUCUCUCCCGUCUUGCUCCCUUCUCUCCCGUCUUGCUCCCUUCUCUCCCGUCUUGCUCCCCUCUCUCCCGUCUUGCUCCCCUCUCUCCCGUCUUGCUCCCCUCUCUCCCGUCUUGCUCCCCUCUCUCCCGUCUUGCUCCCUUCUCUCUCCCGUCUUGCUCCCUUCUCUCCCGUCUUGCUCCCUUCUCUCCCGUCUUGCUCCCCUCUCUCCCGUCUUGCUCCCUCUCUCCCCUUGUAUCUCCGCCUUGCUCCCUUAUCUCCCCUCCCAUAUCCGCGAAGCGACACUCAUACGACUCGUCUCCCCGCCUUGCUCCCGUUUCCCCUGUCUCCCUGCUCGUGUAUCCUUUCACCUAA